UUAACAUCCCCCCCCCACCCCGCCUCCCCACCUCACGGCGGCCAUUGUUGUUUGCUUCCGUGGCUACCCGGAGCGGGAGUGUUAAAGUGGAGGGAACGAGAGGGAACGAGAGAGAAGGAAGGAAGGAAGGAAAUAACGAACGAAAAACGCCAGCGGCGGUGGGAGGAAGGAGGGGAAGGGAAGGAAAGGCGAGGGAGAGAGACAGACGAAAGAAAAGAGAGAAACGUUGGCCCGACGUUGGAGACCGGCUGCCUUCCACCGCCUCCUCUGCCUCGCCAGUCAAGAUCUGUGUCUCCCUCUCUGCCCUGCUGUGUCAGGCCUCGUCAUGUCCUUCAUAUUUGACUUGAUUUCCUCUGGAUUCAGUAGCGUCCUACAAUUUCUGGGUCUGUAUAAGAAGUCUGGUAAGUUGGUGUUUCUGGGUCUGGACAAUGCUGGGAAGACGACACUUCUUCACAUGCUGAAGGACGACCGCCUGGGCCAGCAUGUACCCACACUCCACCCUACUUCUGAGGAGUUGACUAUUGCCGGGAUGACGUUCACGACCUUUGACCUGGGCGGACAUGCACAAGCUCGCCGUGUCUGGAGGAACUAUCUCCCGGCCAUCAACGCUGUCGUGUUCCUGGUGGACUGUGCGGACCUCUCACGCCUCCACGAAAGUCGUGACGAGUUAGCGGCGUUGAUGAUGGACGAGUCCAUCUCCAACGUGCCCAUCCUGGUGCUGGGAAACAAAAUCGACAGACCUGAGGCAGUCAGCGAGCAGCGAUUCAGAGACGAGUUCGGACUCUCUGGACAAACUACGGGGAAGGGUUCCGUGCCAGCGAAGGAUCUGAAUGCGCGUCCACUUGAGGUGUUUAUGUGCUCCGUGCUCAAGCGUCAGGGCUACGGGGAAGGAUUCCGCUGGCUAUCCCAGUACAUCGACUGACGAGUCACUCGCUCAGUCAGUCAGUCACGCAGUCACUCAGUCAGUCACUCAGUUAGUCACUCACUCAGUCAGUCACUCAGUCACUCAGUCACUCACACAGUCAGUCAGUCACUCAGUCACUCAGUCAG